CACUGGCACGCAAAGGAGUGCCUGAGAGAGCCCAGCUACAGGAAGGGAAACGGGAAGGGCACAGGGGAGUGGACAGGAAGGAAUCAGGAGGGACUAAUGAGAGGACCGGUUUAGUAGGGUGCUCUUGUUGUUAGGACCCGGGACUCGCCGCAGCUCAGACCUUCAUUCCUCAGAAGAACCAGCUGCAGUCCUAGCUAUGCUCGCUGCUGUGGGCUCCCUGAUAGCCACGAUCUGGGCAGCGCUCCAUCCCAGGACUCUGCUAGUAGCUGCAGUCACCUUCCUGCUCCUGGCUGACUACUUCAAAAACCGGCGCCCCAAGAACUAUCCCCCGGGGCCUUGGGGUCUGCCGUUCGUGGGCAACAUAUUCCAGUUGGACUUUGGGCAGCCGCACCUCUCAAUCCAGUCGUUUGUGGAGAAAUAUGGGAAUAUUUUUAGCCUGAAUCUUGGUGACAUAACUUCAGUGGUCAUAACUGGACUGCCCUUAAUCAAAGAAACCUUUACUCACAUGGAACAAAACAUUUUGAACCGGCCUCUCAGUGUUAUGCAAGAACGUAUCACCAAUAAAAAUG